AUGGAGCCCUUGAGGCUACUACGGACUGACUGGGCCAUGUGGAGAAAUAUGGUGGCAGGUCCCAUAACGGAGGAGUGUCUCUUCCGCUCCUCUGCUGUGCCGCUGCUAUUGACGGCUGGCUGCAGCUUGAAGAGCAUCAUUCUUCUUUCUCCUCUUGUUUUCGGUCUCGCUCAUGUCCACCAUUUCUGCGAAUUCCGCAUCACGCACCCUCAGGCGCCGCUUUGGGCCGCCAUAGCCCGCUCCGUACUUCAGUUCUCCUACACGACCAUCUUCGGGGCCUACGCCACGUUCCUCUUCCUACGUACUGGGUCUUUGAUUGCUGUCAUUGCAGUGCACACUCUGUGUAAUUCGAUGGGUCUCCCGCGCGUGCAUGGUGUCCUGGAACCAUACUGGGUGCCUGAUGGUGAAUUUCGUCAGAACAAAAACAUUAUUAGGUGGACUGUCCCAUACUAUCUGUUGCUCGUCGGAGGCUCAGUCCUGUGGUGGAAAUCUUUGCUGCCGUGGACAAAGUCUUCAAUGGCCUUGGCAAGUUUUGGAACGUAA